UCCACUUCCCGGAAACACAAACCUGGAUUUUCAUCAAGAUGGCGACGUUAACAGUGAGCCGGCCACCGUUCGGAGGUUUCAGUUUCGAAAAUUGCAGAAGAAAUGCAGUUUUGGAAGGUGAGGCUAACAAAGUCGGGUGCAGCUUGCCUGCUGCUCGUAAAACAGGAACCACCAUCUGUGGUGUCGUCUUCAAGGAUGGGGUUGUCCUUGGAGCUGACACCAGAGCGACUGAAGGCAUGGUAGUGGCAGACAAGAACUGUUCCAAGAUCCACUACAUCUCCCCCAACAUUUAUUGUUGUGGGGCUGGAACAGCUGCAGACACAGAGAUGACCACUCAGAUCAUCUCAUCCAAUCUGGAGCUGCACUCUCUCUCCACGGGCAGGCUGCCUCGUGUAGCCACAGCGAACCGCAUGCUCAAACAAAUGUUGUUCAGGUACCAGGGCUACAUCGGGGCUGCUCUGGUUCUGGGUGGAGUGGACUGUAACGGUCCUCACCUUUACAGCAUCUACCCUCACGGCUCCACUGACAAACUCCCCUACGUCACCAUGGGUUCUGGUUCCCUCGCUGCAAUGGCGGUGUUUGAGGACCGCUACAAGCCCAACAUGGAGGAGGAGGAGGCCAAGCGGCUGGUACGUGAUGCCAUCGCUGCAGGAAUCUUUAAUGACCUGGGCUCCGGAAGCAACAUCGACCUCUGUGUCAUCACCAAGGGCAAGGUGGACUACAUCAGACCCCAUGACGAGGCCAACAAGAAGGGUGUCAGGACUGGAGACUACAAGUACAAGAGAGGAACGACCGGCGUGUUGUCAAAGACAGUCCUGGACCUGGAGGUGGUGGAGGAAACCGUACAGACCAUGGAUACAUCUUAAAUACUUUAGAUUCUAUUGGUUGUUGUAAUUUGACCCUCAUCAGCUCCCUUAGGCCUAAACCCCUGAAAUGGCAUGUUUUUCCAUGUUUACAAUAAAAAUGUUUUGAGUUGA